AUGUCAAUUCAUGACGCCGCCCUCCGCCUUGGCCGCGGCCUCCUCCCCUUUGCCCUUGUGGCCUCUCUCUACUUGUAUCUUUAUCCUCUCUUCCACCACUGCUACUUUCCACGCCCGCCUCAUGUCGACACCACCAAAUCCUCCAGCCAUCAACUAGCCCCUUUCCGCCUGCUGGCGCUCGGCGACCCGCAGAUUGAGGGCGACAGCUCGCUGCCCGAUCCCGAUGCUCCUGUCUUCCCGAGUCUCCUCGAAUUCGGCCCACGGCUCUACGAGCACGGUCUUGUAGAAGCUGUACGCACCGCCGCUGCCGCCCUGCUGCGCAACGACGUGCCGCGCCUGCUGAACGGCUACCGCAAACGCAUCGACCUCGUCGGCAACGACUACUACCUCGCCCAUAUCUACCGCACGCUGUACUGGUGGUCGCGCCCCACACACGUUGCUGUCUUGGGCGAUUUGCUGGGCAGCCAGUGGAUUUCCGACGACGAGUUUGAGCGCAGGAGCGACCGUUUUUGGUCCAGAGUCUUCCGCCACGGCCAUCGCGUCGACGACAAUGUCACGGCCACUCCACACGUCGAGGAUCUAGGCGCCGACGCUGCCUGGGAGCGUCGCAUCAUCAACAUUGCCGGCAACCAUGACAUUGGCUACGCUGGCGAUAUAAACGAGGACCGCAUCCGCCGUUUCGAACGCCAAUUCGGCCCUGUCAACUGGGAAACAACCUUCCGACUCCCCCACGCCAACGUCACCGGCGAGUCCCCUCCCGAGCUUCGCUUGCUCGUCCUGAACAGCAUGAACCUCGACACUCCCGCCAUCGACCAGCAGCUUCAGAGCCAGACCUACGACUUCAUUAAUGACGCCAUUGGUCGUUCUCGCCCCGUCGAAGAUCGCUCUACUUUCACCCUUCUCCUCACCCACAUACCCCUGCACAAGGAGGCUGGUGUGUGUGUUGAUGCUCCCUUCUUCGACUUCUUCGCCGAUGAUGAGGGCGGUGGGGUCAGGGAGCAGAAUCACCUGAGCGACUCGGCUUCCGAGGGCAUUCUCCAGGGUAUAUUUGGCAUGAGUGGCGAUGCUGCCGCCCCGGCCCGUGGAAUCGGCCGCAACGGCCUCAUCGUCAAUGGCCACGACCACGAGGGCUGCGAUGUUUACCACCACCGCCCGAGGCAAGGGGAUUCCUGGAGCGCUGUGCAGUGGGAGCAGGCCUCUCCUCUAACUCAAGACCCAGAUCUUCCUGGUAUUCGGGAAUUGACCCUCCGGAGCAUGAUGGGUGAGUACGGCGGGUAUGCCGGCCUGGUGAGCGUGUGGUUUGACGAGGGCACUGGUGAAUGGCGAUCGGAUGCCAUGAUGUGUAGCGCCGGCGUACAGCACAUCUGGUGGGCCGUGCAUAUCUUGGAUCUCGUCACUGUAGGCCUCUUGGCCGGUGGCCUUUGUCUUCGUGCCAUGCCCAAGCCAAGAGCGAGACUGGUUGGCGAAGUGUCUGGCAGCAAGGGAACCACCAAAAAUGACUGA